UAAAAUUGUGCAUAGUGUGUAAACGCAAGAUAAAAUGGAAUUUCAAAUACAAACAUAUACCAUAGGAUUUAUUCUAAUUAUUUUGACAAUAUUUUAUUUGGUAACAAAAAAAUUAAAUUAUUGGGAAAAUCUUGGUGUACCUGGUCCUAAGCCAGUACCAGUGUUUGGUAAUUUUACUAAAUUGUUUUUGAAAAAAUUAACAGCUGUUUACAAAGGUCACAGUCCUCAAUUAAUAAUCAAUGAUCUUGAUUUGAUAAAAACAAUAUUAAUCAAAGAUUUUGAUACAUUUAAUGGACGUGGAAUUCUUAUAAAUGAGGACACUGAUCCACUUUCUGCAAAUAUUGUUAAUAUUGAUGGACCAAGAUGGAAAUUCAUACGUGCUAAAUUAACACCAUUAUUUACGACUAGUAAAUUAAAACAAAUGAUUGAAUUGAUGGUAGAAUGUGCUGAUCAUUUUGAAAUAUAUUUAUCGAAUCAAUUAAAAAAAUCAAACGUCAUUGACUGUCGAGAAGUUGCUGCGAAAUUUACAACUGAUGUCAUAGGUUCUUGUGCAUUUGGAAUAAACAUGAAUGCCUUAUCAAAUGAUGAAAGUGAAUUUCGUAAAAUUGGUAGAAAAGUAUUUGAAUCAAAUUUUUAUGCGAUUAUGAAAAGUUUAUUAGGAGAAAUUAUUGAUAUUAGAAAAAAAAAUAAUAUUAUUAGAAAUGAUUUAAUUGAUUUAUUUAUCAAUAUUAAAAAAACAGAGAAUAAUAAUGAAAUUGAAUUUACUGAUAGUCUAAUGACUGCUCAGGCAUUUGUAUUUUUCUUGGGAGGUUUUGAGACAAGUAGCACUUUAAUUUCAAUGUCACUCUAUGAACUUGCUUUUGAGCCAAAAGUACAGGAGAAAUUAAGAAAUGAGAUCAUUGAAACAUUGAAGAAUAAUGAUGGACAAUUGAGUUAUGAUGUUAUUAACAGUAUGAAAUAUCUCGAUAUGGUAAUGCAAGAAACUCUGAGAAAAGAUCCACCGAUUUUAACGCUCAUUAGGAGAGCUUGUAGAUCAUAUAAAAUACCAGAAACAAUUACGACAAUUGAAAAAGGAACAACCGUUAAUAUACCAGUUUAUGCUAUUCAUCAUGAUCCAAGCUUUUAUCCAAGCCCAGAGAAAUUUGAUCCUGAACGUUUUACUGAUAGUGCCAAGGCCCAGAGACAUCCUAUGACAUUUUUGGCUUUUGGGGAUGGUCCUAAAAAUUGCAUAGGACUUCGGUUUGCUGGUUACCAAUUUAAACUGGGGAUUAUUAAAAUUUUAAAAAAUUACAGAGUCAAACCGUCAAAGUCAACAGUGGUACCAUAUGAAAUUGAUAAAGGCUCAUUUAUUUUAACUCCAAAAAAUGGUAUUCAUCUUGUUUUCGAGCCACUUCAAUCUAAGAUUAAAAUAAAUUGCUAGUAUAAUAGAAUGUAACUAAAUAAACAAAUAAAAAUAUUUUAAAA